AUGAUUUUGUAUAAAAGUGCAUGCUGCGCAUCAGACAGCAGUGUAGUUCGCAUUCGUCCAUCGGCAGAGCAUCGUCUGCAAAGUGCCCCCAAAAGUAUCAAACAAGCAUCUGGUGCUCACGAAAACGUUCGGUUAAUUUGCAUUCGAAGCGCAUCGAGCUCAUCCCCAGGAGAAGCAGCAGCAGCCAUGCGAGUGCAGCUAUUCGGUGUCAUCGCCGUGGCCGUCGUGGCCGUUUCUCUGGUUCGCGAUGUUGGAGCGGCAAAGCGUGAGGCGCCGCUGAACAACGCCUACCUGCCACCUAGUUCGCCCCAGCGUCCCUCAUCCAAGUAUGGUGCUCCACCCGGCAGCUCCUACCUGCCACCCGCCUCUGGUCCGGCGCCAUCGUUCAACUCCGCUCCGUCCAGCAGCUAUGCGGCCCCCUCGCUGAGCGUUUCUUCGGGUGGCCCAUAUCCGGCGCCGGCUCCACGACCCUCAAGCUCUUACGGUCCGCCUGCCUCCCGUCCUUCGUCCAGCUACGGACCUCCACCAAGCCGCCCAAGCCAGUCGUACGGACCACCGCCACAGGCCAAGAAGCCCCAGCAUCGUCGCCCAUCCGCCAGCUAUGGAGCCCCGAGACCCGCUCCGCCUUCGCAGAGUUAUGGUGCCCCGCCCUCUUCUAGCUAUGGGCCACCGAAGUCAUCGCCUCCUUCCCAGAGUUAUGGCGCUCCUGCUCCUCCAUCCAACAAGUAUGGACCACCCAAGUCGGCGCCUUCUUCGAGCUAUGGAGCUCCAAGGCCCGCAGCACCCUCAUCAUCUUAUGGCGCUCCUGCACCACCUUCAUCAUCUUAUGGUGCACCAGCUGCGCCCUCUUCCUCCUAUGGACCACCAAAAUCUGCGCCUUCUUCGAGCUAUGGUGCCCCGAGACCCGCACCACCCUCAUCCUCGUACGGCGCUCCUGCCCCACCAUCCUCCUCUUAUGGAGCUCCUUCCGCAUCCUUUGGACCACCAGCACCACCAUCUUCAUCUUACGGAGCACCUGCAGCGCCCUCAAAGUCCUAUGGCGCACCAGCACCACCAUCUUCAUCCUAUGGCGCACCAGCUGCUCCCUCUUCCUCCUACGGACCACCCAAAUCUGCGCCCGCACCACCCUCUUCCAGCUAUGGAGCACCGCCCCAGGCGCCCAUCAACUCCUACCUGCCCCCCGCCUCGCGUCCCUCGAAGCCAUCGCCCAAUUACGGAGCGCCCAGUGUGAGCAGCUUUGUGCCCUCGGCCUCUGCCCCGUCGACCAACUAUGGAGCACCUUCGAAGACUCAGAGCCUGGGCAGCAGUGGCUACACAUCUGGACCUUCUUCGUCCUAUGAUGCACCUGUGGCACCACCAUCGUCUUCUUACGGAGCUCCCUCCUCUUCGUUCCAGCCAAUCUCUCCGCCCUCGUCCAGCUAUGGUGCUCCCAGCAGCGGAUCAGGAUCAAGCAGCGGAAGCUUCUCGGCGUCUCCUUCGUCCUUGUACAGUGCCCCGAGCAAGGGUUCCAGUGGUGGUGCAUCCUUCCACUCGGCUCCAUCCAGCUCCUACUCUGCCCCAAGUUCCAGCGCCAACAGUGGUGGAUCAUACCCCUCGGCACCUUCUUCUUCCUACUCAGCGCCCAGUUCGAGCUCCAGUAAUGGCGGACCCUAUGCCUCGGCUCCCUCGUCCUCCUACUCAGCGCCCAGCUCGGGAUCCAACAGUGGUGGACCUUACCCUGCUGCACCAUCGUCUUCCUACUCCGCUCCCAGUGCCAAUGCUAACAGUGGAGGAUCCUAUCCUUCGGCUCCGUCCUCAUCUUACUCGGCUCCUGGCUCAGGAUCGAACAGUGGUGGACCCUACCCCGCUGCGCCUUCAUCCUCGUACUCGGCCCCAAGUCCUGCAGCCAACAGUGGUGGACCUUAUCCCUCCGCACCCUCGUCUUCGUACUCUGCACCCAGCUCGAGCUCUAACAGUGGUGGACCUUACCCAGCAGCUCCUUCAUCUUCAUAUUCCGCACCCAGCUUCAGCUCAAACUCUGGUGGAUCCUAUCCGGCAGCUCCUUCAUCCUCGUACUCCGCGCCCAGCUCGAGCUCAAGCAGUGGUGGACCUUACCCGUCGGCUCCCUCUUCCUCUUACUCCGCUCCCAGCCAGAGUGCCAAUAGUGGAGGACCUUACCCGGCCGCCCCGUCUAACUCUUACUCGGCACCUGCCUCUCCCCCAUCUUCAUCGUAUGGAGCACCAGUUUCGGGACCAUCGUUCAGUGCUCCCUCGUCCUCAUACGGAGCACCUUCAAGCGGAUCUGGAUCUAGUGCCGGCUCAUUCUCGUCCAGCCAUCAGUCAUCUUCGUCCUCCUUCAGCGCAUCUUCGGCGGGCAGCAGUGGUGGUAGUUACCCCUCGGCUCCCUCCAGCUCCUAUGGAGCUCCAUCGUCUGGAUCCGCUCUGAACUUCCCCAGCGGACCCUCGUCCAGCUACAGUGCCCCGCCGACCGGCGGAUCCUCUAGCUCUGGCCCAUAUCCCAGUGCCCCGUCCCAGGACUCCGGCUACGAGUACAACGGCCCCAGCCAGGUGCCCGAGACCAUUCAGCAAGGAUACAGUGCCGAUGGUGGUUACACCUACCGCAAGAAGUGAGAAGUGAGCAGCCACUGCAUCGCGAAUACACCACGUGCCUUCAAAUACUCAACCGCCACCACACCUGCACCCACAUCAUGUCAUCGCCGUCGCCAUUCACUCGCAAUUGUAAAUUAUUCCCCGAAUGACAACUAAUUCGCCCAUUCCUCUUUCUCCCCCAUGGAAAUCUAGCCGUAAUUCAUUGUACCAUUAGAUGUAAAACUCGAAUCGUUUGUUAAAUAAACAACUUGAUGAAGAUCAUAGAA